CAAUCAAAGUAGUGCUGAUGAUAUGCUGAACGGUUUUUCGCAUCGCGUACACGCAAAAUUUACGACCGGGCGUCCAGCAACAGCAUUACCAGUAGCAGAAACGGUGGCAGUGAUAGUACACGACGAGGUCGAGCCCGUAACCCCGCAGGUUUAUCGUCGAACAAAUUGGUCACAAAUCGGAACGGCAAUAAGUCGCCAUCCACACAAUAAUUGUGGCUGGCGUGCAAAACACGGCUGGGACUGAAUCGUUACUACUCCGUGUACCCAUCACACGGUCACUGCUUGUCCCGGAGGAGGCUGUAUGCUGCUUCUAUUGAAACACUGGCAUGCUCUGUGUGACCGGGACGGAACGGAAAGAUUGUCGUCUGUUUUGACCGCCAGCCGCCGCGAUACGAACCCGCGCGUGGUGUGAGAAGUGACCGACCAGUGUGUCAGCAGCCACCGUGUUCGUGUGUGUCUGUGUGUGUGUGUGCGUCCGAAAUAAAUCCUUUUUUCGCGUGAAAAGUGUCACAAAGUCGCACCAGCUGAUUUUCCGCGUGUGUGGAAAACGAAAUCGAGGGAAAGAAAAAUCAGUUCUCCACCAUCAUCGCUACCGUGGGUGAAGUCGGUUAGUAGGUAGGAGAAGGAAAAACGUGUCCUCCCUGCUGUCCGCAUCAAUGAUUUGCGUUACAUAAAUGGUGAAGAGCACAUACACAUACCUGCACACAUACACCCACACACACAGGAAGUGAGAAUAUCCUCUUGGCGAGCAACAGCUGUUGCGAUGAAGUGAGCCGUAUUUAAAGUGAGCAGGUGACCCUUGUCGAAAGUGGUUCGUUUUGUCCUGUGUUCCGCUUAGUGCCCCAUAGUGCUGGUAUUGUGCUUUGUGUUGGAAAUCGUGUCCAGGUCCUUUGGAAUGUAUCGAUCGUACUAGUGAGAGUAUUGAGAAAAGCAGCAGAGGAAAACCAAACAACAUAAAUCUUCCACUACCCAAAGGAUUACCUAUCCAGCGUCGAGCACUAGAUUCAUAAAGGUGUCACCAGUGAAUUGCGAAGAAACAGCAGAGCGCGACUAUUAAAGGACCGGUAACGGAAGGACAGCAGAAAGGAUAGUUCGGGCUUCCUUUUAUCGCACGCGGCUAUACGUCUUUGAGCUGCGAAGAGGUCACAUCAACGGUAGUGAACAAGUGAAGAAAAUUACACCGUCGGACAUCCGGACGUCCCGGAAACUGUUUGAGUUGUAAGUCAGCUAGAACUUGUCCGCUGAUCCUCGGUCGGUAUUUACCCCGAGGCGCAUAUUCUUCAUCGCCGUCGCCAUCGUCGUCGUAACCGCCGCCCGCAGCCGGUAAAGCCGUCAAACUGGAGCGACUCCCAGAAUAUCUGCGCGACACGGUAGACUGGUUUAUGGGAAAAGCCCGACGCAAGGAACGAGACGGGGACUCAAACCAGGGCGACACAAAACUUUACCUCGAGGAGGGGCUACUAGAACGGAAGCUGCCCGAUGCGGAUCUGCGAUUAUUAGUCGAUCUCCCCGCCGGUUUGGAUUACAACGAAUGGCUAGCGUCGCACACUCUUGCGCUAUUCGAGCACGUCAACCUAGUGUAUGGUACCAUCAGUGAAUUCUGUACUCCGUCCGGCUGUCCAGACAUGACCGGUCCAGGAACUAGGAUGUACCUCUGGUUCGACGAGAAGGGCAAGAAGACGCGGGUGGCGGCACCACAGUACAUCGACUACGUAAUGACGUUCACGCAGAAGACGGUCAGCGACGAGUCGAUCUUUCCCACCAAAUAUGCCAAUGAGUUCCCUAGUUCGUUCGAGAGUAUUGCUAGAAAAAUCGUACGCUUACUGUUUCAUGUGAUCGCGCACCUGUACGCGGCCCACUUCCGCGAGGUCGCCCUGCUCGGACUGCACGCGCAUCUCAACCUCACCUUCGCGCACCUGACCGCGUUCCAUAGGCGAUUCAAUCUGAUAGAACCCAAAGAGACGGAAGUCCUGCGCGAUCUGGAGAUUGCGCUUCGCCUGACCGACGAUCCGACGGCGCCGAACGCCGACAACAGCAGUGCCUCGAUCGCGUCCACGACCUCGGCCUCGACCGGCACCACCAACACGUGCUCGUCCUCGUCGACGUCCUCGACCGCUUCCUGUUCGCCUCCGCUGCUGCAAACCGCACCGGGCACGGGGACGGGGACGCCGGCGGCAACGACGAUGACGGCGGCCACGACGUUGCCGACCAACAGCAACGCCUCCUGUCCCUCCCCUCUUCCUGCCUCCUCCACCAACAGCUGCAGUGCGGAGAACAAUAAUAGUAGUAGUAGUGAUAGUGGCCCGGCGGCCGCCACCUCCGUGCACCUCCACGCGCUCAUCGAUGGGGACGCGACGGCACAGCCGAUCUGCAAGCAGCCGCUGGAGUCCGGCGGCAGCAGUGUUGUAAAUAGUAGUAGUAAUAAUCAUCAUAACGCCGGUGGAAAGGAGCACCAUCAUCAUCAGCACCAUCAUCAGAUGAUGCAAACGUGCGGUGGCGGCAGUGGCAGCAGUACAGGCAGUGUCGGCGUAUCUGGAUGUGGCGUCGGUUACAGCGUUGUGGGCGGUGGUGGUGGGGGUGGAGGAGGCGGCGGCGGCGGUGGUGGUGGUGGACACUCGGGCGGGGCAAACUGCCAGCAGUCGUCCAACACGCAAACAACGGCAUAGUGGAUACGCUGGACUGCGAGCGUUGGCGCCGGUGCCGGAACCAUGUUCCUGCUGGGCGGGGCUGCGUGCUGUGGGGCCCUCCAGGUACCCACCCAAAUCUGACCAAAAUGUGAUCUUACAACAAAAACGCAAAUACAGAAGAAAUAGCGGGGAUAAGGGGAGCGCACGUGCAGAAGGGCACGACAGGAAAAAUGGCGAAGACAUGCGAAACACAAAGCGAAGGAAAACAAAAAUCUGAAAACGAACAAAAAAAACAAAAACACAACCCCAACCGCCAAGACGGAUGCAUAGGAAAGCCAGCCACCGGACUUGGAGCAGAGACAGAUUA